AUGGGUUUUUUGUUCAGAACAUCUGAUUCAACAUUUUACGCAGCUCCACGGUUUGUGACACACAUUGAUGAUCCAGCAAUAGCUGAAUUGACAAAGUACUACUCCAAGGUGUUGCCUCAGAGCGAAACUCCCGGAGUGAGCAUAGUCGAUAUGUGUAGCAGUUGGGUUCUGACCGAGUACAUAGUCCAAGGCUUGAAUGUCAAUCCAAAGCUUCCUUUUGAAGACAAUUCUUUCCAGGUUAUUACCAAUGUGGUAAGAGUGGAUUAUCUUACAAAGCCACUUGUAGUUUUUAAGGAAAUGAACAGAAUCCUCAAGCCAAGAGCACUCAUAGUCAUGAGGUUCUCUUUAUAA